GGCUCCAACCUCCAACAGCGGAGGCAAUACGACCAGAUCACGUCUAAUUGUCUUUCGUCAAAUAGGAUUAUUGUGAAGUAUGUCAACAAGGCGGUGAAAUCAUAUUGUGCGACACUUGUCCCAGAGCAUACAAUUUAGUGUGCUUAGAGCCUGAAAUGGAGGAAACAUCAGAAAGAAAAUGGAGUUGUGCUCAUUGCGGUGGAGAAGGUAUUGCAGGUGCAGCAGAAGACGACGAUGAACAUAUGGAAUUCUGUAGAGUAUGCAAGGAUGGUGGAGAAUUAUUAUGCUGUGACAGUUGUACGAGUGCGUAUCACACGCAUUGUCUAAAUCCUCCUCUAUCAGAAAUUCCUGAUGACGAUUGGAAAUGUCCUAGAUGUUCUUGCCCACCAUUAAGAGGAAGAGAUAAAAAAUUGUGA